UGUCCAGCAUGUUCUCCAGACAUGUUGGCUGUCUGCUCUGAUGGAAACCGAAAACAUUACCGCUUCAGCAAGUCAAAAGGGACUGAGGAGCCACCAAUAUAUGAGGGCUUGUUCCUGGCCAAGGACGUGGAAGUUGCUACCUUUGUUGACCUUAUCAGAGGCAACAUGAGAAGUGCAAAUGACAGUGCUGUCUGCGGUACUGCCAAGUUCACUGCUGGCAGAGAGAUGUCCAAAAAGUCUGGUGCUCAGAUAGAUGAGGAGGGCAUUCAAGUUGCAGUUUGCAGACAUGGGUUUCUCUUACGAGGACUGAACCAUUACCGUGGAGAAAUAUUUGCUUACCCAAUGUUUCUUCAAAGAGAGAUGUCAAAGAAGGCAAAUGUUACAUUCUUCUGUAUGGAUGUUACAUGCAGGUACUGGCCCUACCUUAACAAAGUAGCAGAGGGUUUACCUGAACUUCUGCCAUUGACAGAAAUGAGGCCAUUCCUGAGCGUCAUGCAUGCCAAAGCCCAUACAGCAAAAUGCGAGGUGAGAUGGGGUGGCAGAAGCCUGGAUGGAGCAGGAAACACAGUGGGAGAAGAAGUGGAGCAGGUGAACAGCUUUCUCUCGAGGGCAGCACUUGUCACAAAAUACAUGACAAAGGCUGGAAGAGUGAACAUGCUAACGCGACAGGCCAUGGGUUGGAACAGAAGAAAGAGGGACAACCUUCAUCAAGUGUUAGCCCACAGAUAUGUCAAAAUCACAGAGAGGGCAAAGGUGGAAGCUGCCAGCCUUAGCAACAUCAAGGAGGAGCACAACCUUGAUCAGGAGACAAUACAGCAGUGGGUAUGGGAUGUCAGACAAUGGGCUGUCACAGAGAGAGUCUACACUCCAGGUUGUAUUGAAGAGCUAAGGGCUGACAUUGAGAACAUCACUGUAACCCUUUUGCGCAAGAAGCAAGAUCUGUAUCGUCAGCAUGAUAGCAACCAGGCAAGACAAAAAAAGAGAAAGAAAAUGACUGAGUUGAAGAAGAAGCUUCGCGAAAAGGUCUUGCAAUACAACACAAUAGUGGAAGGAGAUCUGAUUGACGAGGAGUUGGCUUGCAGUCUGACAGAGGGAUACAUCCUACCAUGGGAGAGACAUGAAGAUGGCAGCACUUUUAGGUUGAAGAGAUCUAUCUUCGACCAGGUAAUGCUGCUAAAACGCUUGGAGGAGGAGCAGAGCAUCCUGGUAAAGGAGAUGUCUCAGCACAUCAAGUACCUUCUGAAGCAAGUGCAAGAAGUGGAGUCACUCAGAGGACAGACUUUGGAGUGCAUCAAAACCAGCAGUUUCGGUGACCUAACAGAAGAUGCAACACAUGGGCUCAACAGUGUCCUCAAUCAGAGGGGUCACUCACUUAGAAGUCAACACAAACAGGCUGUUAAUGCAUACAGCAGUAUAGCCACUAUGGAAUGUGAUUUUCUUUCCAUACAGGAGGACAUUGAGGAGUGGGAUGACAAUGGCUUCACCAGCCCCGAGUCUGAGGAAGAAGACACCUAAAGUACACUGCCAAACAACACAGACGAACUUCAGAUUUGUACAGAAAAAUGUUUUAAAUAGC